CGCAUUUUCGAUGUUCCUGGUGUACCCAUACAUACACACCUUAUUCGCCUCGAAAUUGAUUGUUUUCUAAGCUCUUAUGUGCUUUCCGAAGUUGAACCUGUGACUGAGCCCUGAGCAGGGAUUCGUUGUUUUUGAUUUCCGGCCUGUCGAGUGAUCAAAUGAAGUGAAAUGAGGAGUUUUCUUAGAGCAACAUGGCAGCGGUUGCGUAGUCUGAUGAAGUUUUCUCCUCCUCAUCCUUGCCCGACUCAGAAUCAGACAUCUUUGAGGGACAAAGCAAUAGCAGUAGCCGAGAGAGUCACUUUGACAAAGGAUGAAGAAAGUCCAACCAUCUCAUGCCCUAUAUGUUCAAAAAUAAUCCAAGACCAAGGCAAUUCACAGGAUUUGAAAAUGGCGCUGGCAGUGCACUUGAGUUUAUGGCACCCGGGCGAGGUUAUGCAGCAGUGGGAUACCAUGCAGAAGAAAAACGGAUCAUAUUUCCAUUUUCCUACUAUCAUUAUUGGGGUUGGAGUGGCUGUCGUGUUUGGAGCUCUAGUAAGUAUUUCAGUGCGAAACCAUGCCCAUGCCCAACGGCUACCUCCUGCUUAACCGAGAAAGAAGGUAACCUUAGUAAUUUGUUCCCGUAUGUAUAAAUGGAUGGAUGUCAUUUACUCACUCGCUCCAUUAAUUAUCUUCUAUUACUAAAUCUUCUAUUUGGAUGGUAUGGUA